UGGUCCCAGGAUCAGAGGACACAGGCAGCCACUAGAUUAAACACAUGUGGGGGCCAGGCGGUAAGGCACACACACCUUUCAUCCUAGCUGUGGCUUGGUGGUGCCUAGUUCAGAGGCACCAAGGACCACAAGGGAUGGAAUCAGUCUAGGAGAGGAAGAGAGCCCCAGGGUGGUGGCACACCCUUAAUCCCAGGAAUGCCAGUGGUUGGGAGUCAGGUGAUCACCACGCCCAGCACGAAGGAGGAAGUGACGUGGCCGCGGGCCAGAGCAGGGUAUAUAAGGCGGGAAGAGACAGGAAGGAAUCUCCAGGCCAUUUGGACUGAGGACUCCAAGGCGAUCAGUCGGAGGAAGGGCGGUGUCCGGGAGGUGCCAAGUGGCUGGGCCUUGUUCCUUAGUCUCUGGGACCCUUCAGUAUUCACCCCAAAUAUCUGGCUGCGGGUUCUGAUUGAGACCAGUUAGCACUGGAGCACCUGCUUUGAUCCCACGUCUGGGGCACCAGUUCCCGAAAAAGCCUCAAAAGCCUCUCGCUUGCCUGUGCGGGAGCUGCAGGGGGCCAGACUCUCCCGGCCACGUCUUGGGGCUUUGCUUUGGACACCAGGCGUGGGAGUUGGCCACACCAGCUGUGGUGGCACAGACGAAAGGCGGGAUCGGCCCUCGAGACACCCCACCGGCCAUGAGAGAGCUUCGCAUCGUACCCGCCGGCAGCCUGACCUCCCUGGAUUCUCGGGAUUCCAAGACGCGGGCACAGCCUGUGACCAGAGUCGUGCUAAGAGGCACCAGCACGAUGCCUCUAAAUGAACGUUUUGCUCCACUGGGGAAGAAGACACAGCCACGGGCGAUGCCGGGGAACGUCGUGGCCUCCAGGAAGCUUCAGCAGCAGCUCGCCAGUGCCAGAAACAGAAGACUGGCCCAGCAGAUGGAGCAGAGACCCUGUGUUCGGGCCGCAUUAAGUCCUUGGCAGAGCUUCGAGGGGCGGCUUGGAGUGAGGAGCGUCCAGGUGCAAUUAGGACGGCCCCCGGGUGGCCUGGCCAAGGGAGCGAUUGGAGGAAGAGGCGCAGGCAGCAUCCAGAGAGCCUUUGCCCCAGGUGGAGGAGUCCGUCGUGAUCCUGGAGCCAUAACCUUGCCCGGGGCCGGCGUGGCACCCCCAGUCCGAGCUGGGUUUGGUAGCGGAAGAGGGGCUUUUGCAGGCCGAGGCUGUGGCCGUGGCCGUGGCCGUGGCGCUGGCCGGGGUAGAGGUGCCCUGCGUCGCCCUGCACUUACCAAGGAGCUGCUGGACGCCGAACUGGACGCAUACAUGGCGACAGCGAAAGCGACCCUGGAUGCUGAGUUGGAGGCCUACAUGGCAGAGGCAGCUCCCGAGACCCGUGUCUGAAGCCCGCCUCUAAGAGACUCUUGUUCAAGUCAGCACCUCUAUGCCACAAUCACCGGGAGAAAACAGGAGGAGAAACGCUACUUGAGCCGGGAGGAACCAUCACCAUGUAGGCCUUGCUUGUCGGGUUUAUUUCAUGUAACGCAUGACUGUACACAUUGUAUAUGCUCACAAUAAAUAGUUUCUCUUGCAUUUUGGUGGUGGACUACUCUUGUU